AUUUUUUUGUUCAAUUUUUCUAGCAGAACAAAACAACUCUAAAGCACUCUUUCUCUCAGCCAGAAUCUCGUGAGUUCGUUCUAGGAACCAUCUCAAGCAGCAAUCCCACCGUUGGAUCAGUUCAACGCUCGCAUCAAUACGCAUUACUGGCACUUUGGACGGUGCCUAAUCCAGGCCACGCAAUGCCUCUUCCGGAGAACGAAGACUCCCCCGUGGUGACGAUUCCCAACCUGGGCACUCUGCAAGGCACGACCACGGUGUCGGCGUUCAGUGGACGUAAGAUUUUGCAGUUUCUCAGCGUCAAGUAUAGCGAAACGACGGCCGGCGAGCAUCGGUUUAAGGCACCCAGGAAGGCGCUGCCCUGGGAGGGAGUACGGGAUGUGUCCCGGUAUGGACUACCCUGUCCGCAGUUGAAACGGAUUGCGGAGUUCUCGGCGAAGCAGUUUGCGCCCGAUAUUGAGGACUGUCUGACACUGUCGGUGUAUACCAAUGAGCUCACCGGCAAGAAACCCGUCAUGUUCUUCAUCCACGGCGGUGGCUUCUACGAGGGCUCCGGCGCCAACCAAACGCCCGAGUUCCUGCUGGAAAAGGACAUCGUCCUGGUGGUGAUCCAGUACCGGCUGGGUCCGCUGGGCUUCCUCUCGCUCAAAUCCGAGGGCAUGCCCGGCAACGCCGGAAUGCUGGACAUCAAGCUAGCUUUGGAGUGGGUUCAGGACAACAUUGGCCACUUUGGAGGCGAUUCGGGCAAUGUGACCGUGUUUGGGCAAUCUGCUGGGGCUGCGGCGGUUUCGGCGCUCAUGUACAGCCCAUUGAUUCCGGACGAGUACUUCCACAAGGUUAUUCUGCAGUCGGGAGGGUCGAGUGCUCCGUGGGUGUGGGACAAGGAUCCGGUUGGGCAUACGUUGGACAUUGCUGUGAGGGCGGGUUGUGAUCCGCACGGUAAGGUUGGGGAAAGGUCGAAAAUGCCUUUGGGGGAGGCGGAGCGAUGUUUGAGGGAGUUGGACGUUUGGGAGCUGCUGAGAAGCUUUUUGGAUCACAAGAAUGAGACGACGGUUAUGAAGGGGAAUUCCGAAGUUGGUGGUAAUCGGUUGACUGUUGGGGACUAUCAUGGAUUUUUGCCGGAGACGCCUUGGGACCGGAUUAAGGCUGGGAAAAUCCGGCGGAACUUGCCAAUGAUGGCUGGAGUAGUUAAGCACGAGGGGACGUUUCUGUUGACUUCGAUAUACGAUGUUCUGAGUCGGAAGGGGUUGCUCGAGAACGAGAAUUACUUGAAGUAUCAACUGGUCGAGAUGAUCAACAAGUUUUUGGGAGCUGGAGAUCCCACCGGAGCCAUGGAGGGAUUCCAGAUUAGAUCGUUAUUCACUCCGGAGCAAUUGGCCAGUGGAAAGUUUGAAGAGUUGGUUGAUGGACUGAACGACCUUGCUGGAACCAUCCUAAUCAAGGCACCUCUCCUACGAGAAGCUCAAGCAUCUUCCCGGGUCAACCCGGAAGGAACCUUCCUGUAUUCGUUCGAUUACGAAGGCGAGAAGACCCGAUUCGGAUAUGGCGCGGACACUUCGCACUAUCCUUUUGAAGGAGGUGUUCAUCACUCGAAUGACCUGCUGUACGUGUUUCCUUAUCCUCCUGGGGAGCCUAAGCUGAACGAAGCCGAUGCCAAGGUGGCCAAGCUGAUAGUAGAUCUGUGGACCAGUUUUGCCGCGACCGGAGUUCCUUCGAGUGACCACGCUGGAGUGCAGUGGAAGCCAAUGAAGGAUUACGCUGGACCGUACCUUCACAUCAACCAGGAACAACGAAUUGGUUCAAACUUUUACGAAGAAUUCUCCGUUUGCAGCGAUGAGAAGAAGAAAUCCCAGCUAUAAACAUGAAU